CAGUGUUCACCACUUCUACACGUAUUCUAAUGUUAAAUCAAAAUGUCGAAACGUGGUAGUGAAGAUACGAGCUUAGAUUUUGUUUUAAACAAAAUAAGAAAAUUAGAAAAAGAAGUGAAGCGUUCACGCCGCGAAAGACGCAAUGGUUUUUCACUUUCUUCAUCUUCAUCCUCAAGUACGUCGUCCUCGUCAUCAAGAGCGCCUUCCCCUAAUCAAGAUGAAACAAUUAAUCAUCAAGAAACGCUUGUGGAUGAACCACCAACGUCGGUUACAGAGGUUGUUGAGGUAAUUACUCCCGACGAAUCGGAAAAUAUAGACAUCCAAGAUAUUUUGGGUGUCGAUCCAACGGUGACCUUAGAAUAUGGACCAGAAAUCCAUAAAGACGUGGCAAGUCGAUUCGCCCAUAUAGCUACCACAGGAUUAGAUAAAGACACUCGAAAAGAGCUGUCUAAUAAAUAUUUGAUUCCUGAAAACUGCACCAGCAUAGCUGCUCCUCAGCUUAACCCUGAGAUCAAAGGAGUUCUCUUUGAUCAAGUAAUAAAACGAGAUAAAGCGAUUGAGGGUAGACAAAAAUUAAUGGCUGUUGGCAUUACGGCUUUGGGAAAAAUUAUUUCUACCCAGCUCAGUAGCAAAGACAAAAACAACGAUCUUAUAAAAGAACUCAUGGACAUCGGCCGUAUAUUUUGUGACAUUCAACAUUCGGAUUCCGAAUGUAGACGGAAUUUCGCUCUUUACUCGGUCAAGAAAGAGUUGAAAGAGCAAUUAUCUACGACAAAAAUUGAUAAGUUUCUUUUUGGAAGUAAUCUUUUAGAAAAAGUCAAGACGGCUAAAGCUAUAACAAAAUCCUCCUCUGAUUUGAAACCUGACGCUCCAAAGAAGCCCAAGUCUAACCCAACACCUAGUACUUCUGGCAAGCCUUUAAACUGGAAAACGAGGACUCCGGCUCGCAGGCAGCCGCCGGGCCCUCGGUCGCGUCACCAGCAGCCUGCAGCGCAGAGCGCACCGGCUCGAGGGAACUCGUCGCAGAGCUACACACAGCGGCCGAAGCCCUCUCGCCGACAUUAA